CUUUACUUCAUCAAGGCAUGCGUUAAGGUUUAAAAAUGGCAGAAAAGUCUGAGUCUCUGGAGUAUACACCAACAUGGGUAGUCGCCGUUGUCUGCUUCAUCAUCGUUCUCAUUUCACUUGCUGCUGAACGUGGCCUUCAUCGUCUUGGAAAGUUCUUCACGGAAAAGAAACAAGAUGCCCUAUUCAAGGCCCUCCAGAAAUUAAAAGAAGAAUUGAUGCUUUUGGGAUUUAUUUCAUUAUUAUUGACGGUGUCCCAAGGGGCAAUAAGCAAAAUAUGCGUUCCUGAAAAUAUUUCAAAAAUAAUGCUUCCAUGCAAUCUCAAAGAAUCUACCACUUCUAAUCAUCUCUUCAUUGGAAGACAUCUUUUAGCUGGAUCUAGUGGCGCAGAUCAUUGUAGCCGCCAUAAGGGAAAAGUUCCACUAUUAUCGUUGGAGGCAUUACAUCAACUGCACAUUUUCAUAUUUGUAUUAGCAGUCACACAUGUGAUUUUCUGUGCCACCACCAUGGUUCUUGGAGGGGCUAAGAUACAACAAUGGAGACACUGGGAGAACUCAAUUCAAAAGCAAUCGAAACCACAUCAUGUGCAUAUUCUCCAUAUUCAAUCAUUCGUGGAUAGAGCUGGCAACCGUUGGAGGAAGUACGCUCUCGUCAGUUGGACGGUGGCAUUUUUCAAACAAUUUUAUGGUUCAGUAACAAAGUCAGACUAUGUUGUCUUGCGGACUGGAUUUAUCAGGAAACAUUGUCCAUCCAAUCCUAAGUAUAAUUUUCACAAAUAUAUAUUGAGGACACUGGAGCAUGAUUUCAAAAAGAUUGUCGGAAUCAGCUGGUACUUGUGGCUUUUUGUUGUUCUGUUUUUGUUGAUCAACAUUGCAGGAUGGCACUCUUACUUUUGGAUGUCAUUUUUACCUCUAGUUCUACUACUUCUAGUGGGAACAAAAUUGGAACACAUAAUAACAAAAUUGGCUCAAGAGGUUUCAGAGAGGUCGUCAAUAGUAGAUGAUACCACACCCGUUAGACCUUCUGAUGAGUUGUUUUGGUUUCACAGUCCAACUCUUGUCCUUUACCUAAUCCACUUCAUUUUGUUCCAAAACUCAUUUGAGAUUGCUUUCUUUGUCUGGAUUUGGUGUACUUAUGGAUUCAAAUCAUGCAUCAUGGAAGACUUGGGUUUCAUUAUUCCAAAACUUGUUAUUGGGGUGAUUGUUCAAGUUCUUUGCAGUUACAGUACUUUGCCCUUAUAUGCUCUUGUCACACAGAUGGGAAGCACCUUUAAGAGAGGAAUAUUUGAAGAGCAAACAGAAGCUUCUCUGAGAAUGUGGGCUGAUACUGGCAAAGCUGGUUCAUCAACCCAAAAUAGAAUGGUCACAGAAACACUAGAAAGCAUCAGUGUUUCUAACAGACCUGCAUUCAAUGAAAUUCAAGACAUCUCAUCAACUGUUGAACUUUCUUAUCCAAACAAGCCUCAUACUACUACUUAA